GAAGGAAUAAUUAGGUUCUUUCUGCUUCGAGAUCAGGACUCAUGCAGUGGGUACUCAGCAAUCAGAUGAGAGGGUCCAUGGGAAUCGUCUUUCUUUUGGCUUAAAAAAAUAAUAAUGUUGAAUUGGAAAGAUGUUUCAGUGGUUAAGAGCACUUGAUGUUCUUCUGAAUAGUGUUCCCUGUAACAACAUAGAGGAGCUCAUGAUUGCCUGUAACUCCAGCUCCAAGGGAUCCAUUGCCUUCUGGCUUCUUCAGGCACCCACGUUGAUGUGGCAUACAUUCACACAGACACGUAUUUCUUUUAAAUGUCAAUAUUUAUUUAUUUAUUUAUUUAUUUAUUUAUGAGGCAGGCCUUCAUGCAUCUCAAAUUGGCCUCAGACUUAUUGUAGCAAAGGAUGACCUUGAACUUCUGACCCUCCAUUUUCUAAGUGCUGUGAUUACCGGCUUGCACCAGUGUGAACAGGUUAAGUGGUGCUGUGGUGCCGGGGUUUUGUAUGCUAUAGGUGAGACUAUGACUACUCGCCAGUCCCCAUUUCUUUUUCUUUUUUGGGGUUUUUGAGAUAGGAUCUCACUUAAUAACCCCAGUUUGCUUUGAGCUCAUAGUAGUCUUCCUGCUUCAGCUUCUGAGGUGUUAAAAUAAUAGGCAUGAGCCUCCAUACCUGGCACUUAUAGGAAUCAUGAGCUCGGAGAUACAGACCAUGUAAUGCCUAGUCAUUGUAACCUACGUUCUGAGGGGUGCUAUUGCAAGGAAGGCCUGAAUCCUGGGGACAGAACCGGCCCUGGAUGUAACCCUCAAGCCCUCAAUGUUAGGGAAACAGCCCUUGGAGGAUAGGAGAGGGACUGUUCCAGGGGACAGAGGGAAACCUAAGCCUUCAUGCACUGAAAAAGUUUCAGGGUGGUCACCAAACCCAGAAAAGGCUUAAGCGUGAGAGAAAGUGGAAAUGCCGACUCGGUCAGUGUAGAUGGCCUUUUGUGGGCUUGGGCUAGGGCCACAUCUGCGGGAGGAUAGGGACAUUUUUAUCUUGAGAAAGGCAGCUGAGAAGGAUCCAGGAGAGGGUGUCGUUCCUGCUGCUGCUGAACCUAGUGAUGUGUCUAGGAACCCAUGGUCCACGCCGUGGAUGGCUUCACCUGGCAGGGCCUGGUUGCCAGCCUCACCGCCUCUUGGCCCUGUGCUUCCAAACCCUUCAACUGUCAAAGAAGAUAAUGUUGUGGUCUUGAAUGGCAGGGGAAACUUCUUCCUUGGGAGGCUGGGUCUCUGGGUGGGGCGACCAUGGUCACGUAUCAUCAAAGGCCAAAUGUCCACUGAGUCAGUGCCUAGAGCUGGAGACUAGCAACGGGCACUCAAUCCAGACUCAUUCCCAAGGAGUAGACACACUUAGGAUCCUCACUGGCUCUUCCUUUCUUGAGAUUUUUACCCCAUUGAGCCAUACUGCAUAGGCCAGUCCCCCUGGGGCCUGGGAGAAGCCAAGGCUAUCUCAGGGAGAUGGGGAAAUGGUUUCUUCAUUUGGUAUGCCAGGCCUGCUUCACUCACUGCCCAUAGCCUCAUGAGGCAACAAGACUCUGAAGCAAGCCCCAGCCCACACCCUGGCAGGCAGCCAGUGCAGGAAGGGGCAGGAGGCUUCUGCAUCAGGUUGAGGCUGAGCAUAAAGGAGGCUCAAGUGGCCUGGAGGAGGCAGUCUUGGGGACCAUGCACACCCAGAGGGACAACCCUUCCCUGCGAUGGUCACUAUCACUGCUUCUGCUGCUGGGCCUGGCGCUGCCUUUAGCCAUCUCCCAGACCCGCAGCUACAGGGAGGCUGUGCUCCGUGCUGUGGAUGAGUUCAAUCGGCAGUCCUCGGACACCAAUCUCUACCGCCUCCUGGACCUGGAGUCUCAGCCCGCAGGGGAUGAGGACCCAGAUACCCCAAAGUAUGUGAGGUUCAGAGUGAAGGAGACCGUGUGUGACAAGGCAUUGCAGCAGCUACCUGAGCAAUGUAACUUCAAGGAACAUGGGCUGGUGAAGCAGUGUGUGGGGACAGUCACCCUGAGCCAGGACACAGAUUCUUUUGACAUCAACUGUAAAGAGCCUGGGACACAGCCCCAGAAGUUUAAGAAAAUUGCCAAGAUCGCUGGACUCCUCCGAAAAGGUGGGCAGAAGAUUGGUGAAAAGAUUAAGAAAAUUGGCCAGAAAAUUGCAGAUUUGUUUGGGAAAACUGCACCUGAGGCGGAAAAGUAGGCCUGCCUUGGCCUGUUUCUGGAUUCCAAAAAUAAUAAAUUUGGUGAAGGAAACUUCUCAA